AUGGCACAAAAACCUGAACCUCCAAGGUUCAAUUCAGAUUUUUAUAAACCAAGCUUUUUAUAUAUUUAUCCAACAGCCUGCCAACUUAAAUUGGAUGACACAAAAAUCCAGAAUAAAAAACUGCCUGUAAAUCCAUUAGCAACUCAUUUAAUAAAUCAACGAACAGGACGAGAUAAUAUUCUCAUUCCAGGAUCUGCUUUAUUGUUAGAUGAUUAUAAAAAAUUAACUCUUGAUGAUUUGCGCUUUUUGUUGAAAGAACCAUUUGAUAUAGAGGAGGAAAAAAUAGCUGUAAAAAAGAUGAAUGAUGUGCUUAAAGAUCUAAAAUCGCAUGGUGUAAAACACUCUAUAAUAUUUACCUAA